AUGCCGCACAAACACACACGCAAAGAAAAAGACCUCUCUACAUACGAUCUACCCCCUUCGCAGAUCGCAAAGCCUUUACCUGUAAAGUCGCAAGCGCAAAAGAGUGAUGCAGGGAAGAAGGGUCCCGUCCAGCCUGUAAAAAGCCAGAAGCGCAAGCGAGAUUCGAAUACGAAAGAUGAUGCGCCCCGGGCAUUCAAGAGGUUGAUGGCUUUGGCCCAAGGCAAAAAACCACGGUAUGGAUUAGACAACGGUGACCGACCCCCCGGAAAAGGGAAGAAGGGAAAAGCCGAUGCUGUAACGAACACCGAGGCUGAAACCAAAGCGGAAAAAGAACUUCCUAAGAUCAGGCCCGGCGAGCGCAUGUCGGAUUUUGCAGCUCGAGUAGAUGCGGCACUUCCCGUCAGCGGUUUGAUUACCAAUUCAGUUAAGAAUGGCAAAGACCCUCUAGGCUUGAAAGCAUGGCGGACCAAAAAGGAAAAGAAGAUGCACAAGUUAUACGAAGAGUGGCGGGAAGAAGACCGGAAAAUAAAGGAGAAGAGAGAAGAGGAAUUAGAACUCCAUGCAGAGAAAGAGCUGGAGGAGGAGGAACUAGGUGUCACUUGGAAGCUCGAUACGCUAGGCGGCGGCGGCAAGAAGAAAAAGAAGGGAAAGAGAGCGAAGUACUUGGGCGAGGCUGCUGAUGACGAUGAGGACCCGUGGGAAGUCUUGAAGAAGAAGCGCGGCGAGACGAAAAUCGGCUUGCACGAUGUGGUCCAGGCGCCGCCGGAGCUUACUGUCAAGCCUCAGAAGAAGAUGACCGUUAGAGGCGCGGCGGUCGCGAUUGACGGUAUUCCGAAGGCUGCGGGAAGUUUAAGGCGAAGAGAGGAGCUCCAGACUUUCCUAGAAAUGGAUUGGUUUUGGAAGAUCUUUACAGGGGCGGGUAAGGCUGUCAGGAGGAAACGAGGUCGUCAUCGACAUCAUAUACCCGCGCCCGCGCCCGAGCCUUACGCUCACGGGCUGUUCGUCUUAUAUCCUCCUCCCGAGCCACCGGCCGACCAGGAACACUUUUCGGUAGACAUCGUUGCAGUCCAUGGGUUGAAUGGCAGGGCGCGUGAAACCUGGAAGGAUGAGAAGACUGACGCACUCUGGUUGGGAGACUUUCUUCCAGAUGCAAUACCAAAUGCUCGGAUUAUGACGUUCGGAUACGAUUCGAGUUUACUGUUUAGUAACUCAAAAGGCAAAAUCGAAGACUUCGCUAGAGAUUUACUAAACAGAUUAUGGGUAACAAGACAAGGACAGGAGGCUUUGAAGAGACCGAUUGUGUUUAUAGCUCAUAGCCUUGGGGGAAUAGUCGUCAAAAAGGCACUUAUCCUAGCUCAUGAGAACGAUCAUCACUUGGGCGAUAUCCUCUCCUCCACGAUAGGAAUCAUGUUCAUGGGAACACCACAUCGAGGGUCUAAAAUCGCAGACUGGACAUUCUUUCUUCGAAGCCUCAUCCACAUCACAUCAGGAACACAAAUCAUAAGGGCCGAUCUCAUCCAAGAACUUCGCACCCACUCUAUAACUCUGCGUGAAAUUUCGAAAUCUUUCUUGCCCCGCUCAAUUGGGUUGAAUAUCAUGUCGUUUAUCGAAUUGCAAAUUGAACGUCCUCUAACCACUCUGGUUGUGCCCGAAGAGUCUGCGCGACUCAAUCUUCCUAACGAGAUGGUCUUCCCAGUUAAUACCCACCACCGUAACAUUUGCCGCUAUUCUUCAAAGACUGAUCAGACGUAUGCCCUCGUGGAAGGCUCCCUCAAGAACAUUGUACACACUGGAACUGAUUCUUCUGCUCCUACUAUAUUCAAUAAGCAUUAUAUAAUUGAGAACCGACAACAUACCCAGACAACGCUUUCUGCGGCGGAAAACGCCCAAGAACGAAAUAAGCAUUAUCCAAGCUUAGUAGAUGGUUUGGCUAAGAACCAAGUCUCGGGCGCAUUCAACAACCUUAGAAAACACUAUCACGAUGAGCACCCUGCGAAAGAUGUACCUAUUGCACUAGCGGAUGCUACAUGGGGACAGAAGACAUUCAAGGUUCGAGUUUUCGGUCUACAGAAGUAUGAGUUAAACUCGCAGGAGAAACAGGAAGAGGAGUUUAUAACUCUAGACGUCAGCGGCGACACGGAUCUAGACAACUUUAGGGAUAUGUGCCAUGACUUGUUAAAAGGAAGACGAUUAGGAUUCCCAUUUUGGGAUUUUAAGUUCCCCGGUCGGUCGUCGCUUGUAUCAAGCCGCUGGAAAGACGUCUUCACAGUUCCGGUUCAAGUCACCAGCGGUCGUCCUUCCUACAAAAAAUCAGCAGGGUAUAGAAUCAAUGUUGACCAAUCCAUUGCAGCUUUCUGUAGCAGGGCAUUCCCAAAUCCAGUUUCAGCCAAACUCCGUGAAUAUCCUCAACAGAUGCACUCUAACAUUGGUAUGGCUCAAUUUGUCAUAGUCGGAAACGAAGACUGCCCAGGACUUCAUAUCUCAUUUAUGAGGACAAUUCGCGUAAAGGGAGACGAGAAUCAGUACACACCACCAGCGGGAUUAGGCAGUUUCCCUCUGUUUGACACUUCCUCAUACAAGAACAAGCUCCCUGCCAGUGUAGCAGCGAAAGGCGGCUUAUUCUUUCCUAUGCACGAGAGAGAAGCGAUGUGGAUGAGUUUUGACUGUAAAGAAUCCUCCAAAUUUGCCGUCCGCCCGUUUGUUGGAGGCAUUAAUGGGAUUACCGGGGACAACAUCCUUUCCUACGGCUCUAAAUCUGACAGUUCUAUUAACACAGCUCAAGAUUAUAUCGUAGUACCUACGCAAACUCGUUUAGACGGCAUCUGUAGUGGACCUGGAGUAGUCAAGCAAUUUGUCGCUACAAGAUUAUCUGCAGCGGAACAAAAUCGAGAACCUGGAAUAUCCAAUUCCAGUCCAGCAACCAGCGAGGGCCGAACGAUUGAAUGGCAAAUGACUGGAAAGGAUGAGAUAGGGGGGAUCCAGUUACAGAUUAUCCCUGAGUUUGAAACUAAACGAAUCUUUGCAGGUAAUUUGAAGGACGUGUGCCCUACAUAUAUCGGGGGCCCCCUAGAGUCCUACUGCCCAGUGCCGCCCGACUUAAUGGAGUACGACAUUUUGAAUACACCUAUGCAACUUGGAUUGCAUCCUAGUGAUACCAUUCAUGUUAAGGUUCUCCAAAAGUCCCCCGCAAGCCCCAAGCGACCCAAGGUUAUACGGGAUCUUAUAGCAGAGGCACCAAAACCACCAGAAUACCCGUACGAUAUAGAUCUAGAAAUCGAUGGAAUCUACAGAUUCAGAGAGGUAAUGUUUAGUGGAGUGGAGGUUUUCAAUGGGUAUGAUUGGGAUGAUGAAAAGGUAAAAGCGAUAUUAUACCGGAGAACAGGAAUUUUACCUCAUCUUCAAGCUUACAAAGCCAAUGGGUUGGAGUUCUCAAGCGUUGAUAUGGAUCUACCCUUUUUCUAUGGAAGUGAACUAGUCAUCGAACUUGUUGUGCGCCCACACCCACAACCUACUCUUGGCAUCGGAGCGGGGGGCAGCAUCAUCCAAGAGAUCCACCCUGACAAUUCGGAUCCGCGGCUUUGGGAUAUCGCCAGCUCCAAGAUUCUUCACGUUCAAAUCAUUAAUUCAGAUGUAUUCGGCUCUAUCGUCGAGCCUCAGCCCUCGGAAGAACCUACGAACUCUAUGACUGGCCAGAAGAAAAAGCGAGUGGGCUCCAACGGUGUCUUCAAUGGUAUUAUAAGUGUAGCUGUGCCGGAAGGAGGAGAAAUAGUAGACGAAGAAACGGGGCGAAUUGAUGAUGACGUGACGGUUCCUGUUUCUCAUCUGACGUUACUCGAGGUGGACCAGACAAUCCCUCGGUUCAAAGGUCAUUAG